AUGAAUCACGUUGAUGCACUAAGAGAAGUCAUUUUACAAGGUUUUACAGCCAACAAAUUUUUUAGAAAAAUAGGAUAUCAAUUUUCCCAAAAAGAUCAAGCAGAAGAUAAUUUGCGGGAUGCAUUAAAAACACUUGUUUUGGUGAAUGAUGAAUACUCGGAAAGGGCAACGAGCAUUUUAAAUACAAUUGAUGAACACAUGAACUCUACCAGUGUCAUACAGUAUUGGAUCUCUAUUCAGAUAAAAAAUGAACGAGACAUAACUCGCGCUAAUCAAUUGAUUUUGGAAGAAAAAAAGACACAACAUAGAUGCCACAUUUAUUCUAAUGUUAUAAAUGAGCAUAAUAUAUCAAGUGAUAAAUUAACAUCCGAAUUGUCAGAAUUUGAGGACAAAUUCGACAAAUCCAGUCAAAUUAACUAUUUCUUAAAAAGACGAUCCGACAUUGAUUAUGAUGAUGAAAGGACGUUCAAAAGACAAAACAAAGAUGAUUGUCUUACGCCCACACCAUGUAAUUAUACAUUAAGAUGCUCUCUGACAGAUAAUCCAUUUAUUGAAGAAAAUGAGGACGAUGUAAUAAUUGACGAUAUUGGUAAUCUUUGCUUCAAGAAAGAGGAAUUGUCGGAUGAUUAUAAAAUAGGAAAUACCAAUGUGUCACAGUUAUUUAGACAAUAUCAAAAUGAAUCGGUAAAAAUUUCAAAUGAUGGCGGUUUAACUGUAGAAUCUAAUGUCCAUGAAAUCUUGUCUUUAUCAUCAAUUUUUUUAUUAAUUCCUGGUUCGCAUUCAAAAACAAUGAUUACUAUAUUUGGCUCUCCAUUGCUUAAUGUAAUAUAUCAAAAAAACAUCCCAGACCAAAAUGUAGCACUAAAUUCAGAAUGUGAAUCAAAAUUUAGAGAGGCGAUCAGGAAAGCGAAAAAGUCUCGUGAUUGUACCAUGGAUCGGCUCCUUAAAGAACUUGCAAAUAAUCAAAUUUUGAGGGAGAACUUUGGUUAUGUGAUUUUGAAAGGUCUGGAAACAUUACCUAGUGAAAAGAUCAAGAGUGAAUCUAGCGAAAUUACACUAAUCACAAAUUAUUUAGAUUACAUAAUGAAAGGAACCUUCCAUCAUCCAGAUAAACAUAUUGUCCAAUGGCCUAAUACGGCUCUAAAUGAAAGCAAAUUAAGAAAAUUCAAAGGUCGAAGCAAGCAACCAGAUUUUGUUGUCUCAAUUAUCCAUCAACUUCAGACAGAAGCUGUUAUAUUCGUGGGCGAGGUUAGUCCGCCAUCACAAAGAAACAAUGUGUACAAAAACUGCAACGAUCUUAUUCGAAUUGGUGUGCUCAUGAAAGACUGCUUGGAUUUUGCAAUAGAUAAAGGUGCCGAUAUUAGUGUAAUAGGUUUUCAAUGUGUUGAUCAUACAAUCGAUUUUUUUAUGUUAAAUCUUACCAAAGGAACAUAUUUUAUGGUUUGUAUUGGUCAAAUUUCAGUUCCAGCAUCAAUAAAAGAUAUGCUACCCUUUGUUGAUGAAAUAGAAAUACUUCUGGAAAUACGAAAAAUUUUUCAAAAAUCGUUUAACAAUUUAUAUGAUAAGCUAUGCAACCCAAUCCAGCAUAGCGGGCUUAAAUUUGAUUGCUCAACAAAACGUUCCAACAAACCACAAUACUGUGACCUUGAAGGUAAAUACAACAUUGAGUGUGACUAUGAACGAAAUGGUGCUUCUUUCGUUACAGAAAAUGCGAAGAUACCUGAGGAGAACAUACAUCUAGAUUUGGUAGGAAAAGCUUUAUGUAGAAAACAUCACAACAAAUUAAUUGUUAACACAGGAAAAAGACAGAAGAUUGCUAAAAAACAAGAAUGUGGACAUCCAAAACACAAGGAGUAUUCAGUGUCUUCAUCAAAAGAUACAAAACUUGAUAAGGCACCUAUUCGUUUAAUUGAAUUUUUUAAACUUCCAUCUGACACACUUUUUUGCAAUCAUUGUAAGUAUUCUAGUGAUCAUGAUGAAACAUUUCAAAACUAUCCACAUCCAGCAUCAAGACCAAAAGUAACACAAGAAGAUGAGUUGAUAAAAUUUCACAACAAUACAUAUGCAUUACGAAGUGAUAUUUUAUACACUGAAGACCAGUAUAAAGAAUUAGAAAAAGCUUACCAGGAAAUUUGUGAAGAAUUAAAAGAAGCAAAAUUAGUUUCUCAGAUUUAA